AUGCUCUGCGCAGAAGUCGUUAUUUGCCACUGCCAGACGGGAUGGCUGGACUCCCCGCUGGCCCUGAUGGCGCACGCCUCAGCCUUCCCCACUGCCACCAACACCUUUAGAGGCUCGCGUAAACGCUUGCUUGGGGACACGAGUUUACUGCCAUUUCCCAGUCUCUUUGCCGCUCCUACUGGCAACACCGCCACACCCAUCGCAGUUGAGGACGCAAAAGUAGGGAGGAAGCCAACAUUCACGGCGACAACAUCAGGAGGUGAUGGUGGUAGAGGAGGUGGAGAGGGUGAAAACGCCAUCUUCACCGUUCGACCGCUCUAUUUACCCGGCGGGCACCCGCCUCUCUCCAGGGAGGUCUAUGAACACUUACGCUUCGGUGAGCACUACGAUCUAGAUGAGCGAUUAAAGGCGUUCAAUGUGGCCUUGAAAACGGAUGACGUUGAAGCAGCAGCGAAGGAGACUUUCCAGUGUCCCCUCUGUCUCUCCCAUGAGGCCUCUCGGUGGGCUCUCACUGAGCAUGCUUUUUUCUCACACUGGCUGCGCUUGUGUUACGUGUGCUGCCACUAUAUCUGCGAAGCAGGCGCGAUGAAGAGCGGGGAACAGAGCAUUUGGGGGCACAUCUUCUCCUGUCUCAGUCAGCGUCACGCGGCUCUACUGCUGCGUGUCAACACCAACAACGGUGACGUCGAUGAUGACCCGGGGUGGAGACGUUGUCGACAGAGUUUGUAUCCUCAGGAGGAGGUAAAGGUAACGGUACCUUCGUCCUCCCUUCAUCACAUUGACGCAACCACUACUGCCCCCGUCUUCGAAGAUGGUAGGUCUGCCGAUCCCCCGUCAGUUGGAGUGGCCACUAUGGAGACAGAUGAUGUGCUUUUGGGAUUGCGAGGUGUUGGAGCCCUGACGAGUUGUAAUGAUCAUGCAGUAGCGUCUGGAGCUGAUCCGAAACAGUCUCCACCUUCACCAUCGGCACCGGAGCCCGUCGUCCGAAAGAUCCCACGCCUCGCUUCUGUGCUCAUCGGCUAG